UUGAUUUCCGCGGAAAAGCUGCGUGUGAUAAACUGAUAAUAGAGUCUUGAGUUUCCCGGGAAAAGUCCCCGAAGGCACAGAGUUAGGUUUAGUCUGGAGGCUUCUUUGUUUAUGCAUUUAAAGAAAACAUCAUAUCAGACAUAGAUGAUGUACAUUGUUGCUGCCAUACUGGUCAAUAGAUUUAAGGACACUUGAGUAAGCAAAGAGGUAGCUGGUCGCAGGACCAUAGUCUGUUGCAACAUUUUGAUAGAGAGAGGAGCAUAGACUUCUAGAAAGGGCUGAUAUAAUUGUGGACUUGAUAUGUGGUAGUGGCUUUUGCUCAGUUCAGCUUUGUCAAUACUCGGAUACUUGGACUCAAUGGGAUGGAGGGGCAUUUUAUGUUCUUCCUUUUUCCAUUUUACUUUGGUCUCCUCCAGCAGAGUGGGAGACAUGUGGCCUCUCAUUCUCAGUGCUGAUACUGCAGUACCCAUCAGCUGGCCAAUCCUCAGUGCAAGCGUGUUCGUACUGGUUGCACUAUUUCUCUCCAUGUAUCUUAUCUUCGAGCACUUAGCUGCCUAUAAUCAGCCAGAGGAGCAGAAGUUUCUGAUUGGACUUAUUCUAAUGGUUCCUGUUUAUGCGCUGGAAUCAUUUGUAUCACUGUUGGACGCAAAUGCUGCAUUCAACUGGGAAGCAAUCCGGGACUGCUACGAGGCCUUUGCAUUGUAUUGUUUUGAGAGAUACUUGAUAGCCUGCUUAGGUGGUGAGAAUCGUACAAUUGAAUUUAUGGAGAGUCAAAGCAUAGUAGAUUCCAGCAGUCCUCUUUUGAAAGAAGAAUACGCUUAUGGAGUUGUUGAACAUCCUUUCCCACUGAAUUGCUUUAUAAGAGACUGGGAUCUUGGCCCAGCAUUCUAUUAUGCUGUGAAAGUUGGCAUAGUUCAGUAUAUGAUACUGAAAUUGAUAUGUGCACUGCUAGCUAUGAUUCUUCAAAGUUUUGGUGUUUAUGGGGAAGGAAAGUUCGACUGGAGAUAUGGCUACCCUUAUUUGGCAGUUGUUCUUAAUUUUAGUCAGACUUGGGCCCUAUACUGCCUUGUGCAGUUCUAUUCUGUCAUCAAGGACAAACUACAACCUAUUAAACCACUGGCCAAGUUUCUUACUUUCAAGUCGAUUGUAUUCUUGACAUGGUGGCAAGGAAUUGCUGUUGCAUUUCUUUUCUCUAUGGGUGCCUUUAAAGGGUCCUUGGCACAGGAGCUGAAAACUCGCAUACAAGACUACAUCAUAUGCAUAGAGAUGGGUGUUGCUGCGGUGGUCCACCUAUAUGUCUUCCCAGCAGUACCUUACAAACGUGGAGAAAGAUGUGUUCGCAAUGUUGCUGUGAUGGCCGACUAUGCAUCACUUGGAGCACCUCCUGAUCCAGAGGAGGUUCGUGAUUGUGAAAGAUCAACUAGAAUUCAUCUACAACGGCAUGAUGAGAGAGAAAAGCGCUUGAAUUUUCCCCAGAGUGUUCGUGAUGUGAUUUUUGGAAGUGGUGAAAUUAUUGCUGAUGACAUGAAGUAUACAGUAUCACAUGUGGUAGAACCAGUUGAAAGAGGAUUUGCAAAGAUCAAUAAAACCUUCCAUCAGAUAUCUGAGAAUGUGAAACGCUACGAGGAGCAGAGGAGGAGCGCCAAGGAUGACAGUCAUGUUAUCCCCUUGAGUUCAUGGAACAGAGAAUUCUCUGAAGCCCAGGAGAAUCUUGUUGAAGGGAGUGUCAGUGACAGUGGUUUGACCAAUGGGAAGAGGCAACAUACCCCGUCUAAAGCUUCAAAUUCUCGAGCAAGAUUAGGGAGAUGAUGUCAUCCGAUAUAUGGGAACACAAACACAUGAGUAAAUUGUAAAUGGUGUGGUAAAGGAGUUCGACGUGAUUUUAGAUGAUGUCGAUACACUUGGGCUGGCAGGAAGAGCCUCUGCAGCUAACAUGUUGAUUGAAACAUCCAUGUAAAGGAUCUUCUGACCAAAGACUUUUUCUUGAAGUGACCAUGCUCGGUACAGAACGAUGGAGCCGUGGAUACAUCAGGUGACAGAGCUAUAGCCACUUAGACUAUGAACAACUUUCUAUGCCUCAUGAAAAUUUGAAUAUAGCCAAUUGAUAAUGAAAUUUAGUUUUGGUUGAAGAAAAACAUUAUCUGGUAUAGUAUAAAACUAUAAAUGCUUAUUUUCACUCUACAUGGGACUUCGGAUAUGUGCUGUCUUCAAAGAAAAAAGAUACGAGGCUUAGCCAGAUGCAA